CCCGCUGGGAAAUAUGAGGCUCAGACAUUCCCUUCAGCGCCAAGUUCUUGUCUCAUCGUGACAGAUUCCGGGCCGAAUCGCAUGCAAUGAACUCCGUGAACCUAGUCGUCUUGUCCAGAUUCGCUAUUGGCAUCAAUACGCGGAAUGUUCCCUCACUAUCUUCAUCACCAGCAUAUAUAUCUCUCGACCUGGUAACCACACCGCCGUCCACCUGCCGCCUCCGAUCACGUCUGGCUCGUGCUAAAUACUAGGGUGCCUGCACCUACACUCCAUCCAACGUCUAAGGCCGCGGUCAUGCUCGACUCUCCUGCCCUCCGUUCCCUCACCGCCGGCUUUCCCAAGACGAAAGGUGUCAAGUGGUUCAACCUCGGCGUUUUGGUUAUCACCCCGGCACUGUCCAUCUAUGGCCUCCUCACCGUCCCGAUCCUCACCACGACAGUCGUCGCGACUGCGUUGUACUACGUUUUUUCCAUGAUAGGCAUUACGGCAGGUUAUCACCGUCUAUGGUCCCAUAGGGCAUACAACGCCUCAUUCCCUCUCCAAGUCUUCCUCAUGCUCGCAGGCGCCAGUGCGACUCAGGGCUCGUGCUAUUGGUGGGCGCGCCGUCACCGCUCGCACCACCGACACACCGAUACAGAUCUUGAUCCCUAUAACUCGGAGCGCGGGCUGCUGUGGACCCACAUUGGAUGGAUCAUCUUCGACACGGACCUAAAACCCGGUUAUGCCGACAUCACCGACCUGCAGCGGGACCCACUCGUGCAAUGGCAACACCGCUGGUACUACUAUGUCACCAUGGUCUGGGGGUACCUCGUCCCUAUGCUCCUGCCAGGUCUUCUCUGGAACGACUGGAAAGGCGGCUUCUUUUUCGUCGGCGCGCUUCGGAUGACCUUGUGUCAUCAUAGCACCUUCUGUAUCAACUCCAUUGCACACUAUCUCGGUGAUACGCCCUACGAUGACCGCAACACCCCACGCGACCACCUUAUCUCAGCUGUCCUGACCAUGGGCGAAGGAUACCAUAACUUCCAUCACCAGUUCCCUAUGGACUACCGGAACGCGUUCCGGUGGUACCAGUACGACCCUACCAAGUGGUUCAUCGCCUUGUGCUACAUGGCCGGUCUGGCUUCACACCUGCGCAUCUUCCCGAGCAACGUGAUCGAAAAAGGCGCGCUCACAAUGAAGCUCAAGGCCCUAAAAGACGUCCAGGACUCGCUGCCCUGGCCCCCACCGGCGUCGCAGCUGCCCGUUGUGACCUGGGAAGAGUUCCAGGAACAAAGCAAGACGCGCGCGCUGCUCCUUAUCGCGGGCUUCAUCCACGACGCGUCGCUCUUCGCGGAAAGCCAUCCCGGCGGGGAGGCUCUCAUCACGCAGAGCGCGGGCAAGGACGUGACGGCGUCCUUUUUCGGUGGCGUCUACAACCACUCCCACGCCGCGCACAACUUCCUCGCGAUGAUGCGCGUGGGCAUUCUCGCUGGUGGCGUGGAGAACGUUGGCGAACACAGCAUCCCGCCCAGCCAGCGGCUCUACAUCGGAACCAACAUGCCAGAGGAGAUACAGCCUGGCGAGCAGUGAACCGAUUUACACUGCGGUGUUCGCAUUGCGUGUUUAUUGUCGGCGCUCUCUUCCGGGGAGGGCCUAGAGAAGGAAGGUACCUUGAAGUUUACGAAGUAGACAGCAAUGAUUUGGAUCUUGACGUAAUGGUUUUCUUGUGCCCGGUCACGUACCGCUCGCUCACUCACAUAUGCUUCUAUAUUCUAUGCCUUGUAUAAUUAGAAAAGCCCUCGACGUAAACGGGAGCACAUACUACUUUAGUCCACCAAUCUUAUUUCCGC